AUGUGUCCCCACGAUAACUUAGAGGAGUGUUCAAAAAGAGUAGAAUUUAUUGCAUCAUAUUGCAAUUUAGGAAAUGCAAAAACAUAUAGAACUAAAGUUGCUAUCCUUGGUGGUGGUGUUAGUGGUAUCAGUGCUGCCUUGAAUUUAACUGCUGCUAAUAUUACGGACUUUAUGAUGAUUGAGGCCAGAGAUGUCUUAGGAGGUCGAGCUCAAGAUGCUCCUUUCGCAGACGUUAAUGUUGAAUUAGGCUGUAAUUGGGUUCAAGGUCUUGGUACGAAUCCUAUUAAUCAACUUGCUUUAAAGUAUAAACUACGUACUGCUGUAACAAAUGGUAACGAUGUAGUGUUUUAUAGUCCAAAAGGAAAGAUCAAUGCUACUGAAAGACUUAAUCAAUUGUACAAAGACUAUGAUGCAAUGACUGAAAUGGCUAUGAAAAGAGUUGAAAAGGACCAAGUAGAUCUUUCUGGUAGAGCUGGUUUAGACCUUUCUGGCUGGUACCCUAGAGAUUCAAUUGAUAAUGCAAUUGAAUACUAUGUAUGGGAUUGGGAAAUGGGUGAAACACCAGAACUUUCUUCCACUAUUUUUACUGCUGUUAAUGAUAAUUGGACUUACACUGGCUUCGGCCCAGAUAGUGAUGGUGAUAAUAUGGUUCUUGAUCCACGUGGAUUUAAAUAUAUCUUUUUAGAGGAAUCCAAAAAAGCUUUGAAACCUAAUGAUUCUCGAUUACUAUUAAAUACGAUUGUCACGAAGAUAAAGUAUGACAAAAAGGGAGUCACUGUUUAUACUAAACAAGGUGAUAUAAUCAAAGCAGAUUAUGCAAUUACAACAUUUAGUAUUGGAGUUCUUCAACAUAAAGAUAUCAAAUGGAGUCCUCCUUUACCUUCUUGGAAAUUAGAGGGAAUUUACGGGUUUCAUAUGGCUACUUAUACAAAGAUUUUUUUAAAUUUUCCAUAUAAAUUCUGGGAUGAUAAUCAAUUUGUUGUAUGGGCCGACUCUGAUCAAAGGGGCUAUUAUACUGCUUGGCAAAAUUUGAACGUUCCUGGUUUCUUAUCUGAAAAUUCGACAAGUAAUAUUUUCUUUGUAACCGUAACACAGGACAUGUCAUAUCAUGUGGAAGCUAUGAAGGAUGAUGAUGUUAAGGAUGAAAUCAUGCAAGUACUGCGUCAGAUGUAUGGUGACGAUAUCCCGGAACCUACUGAUUUUUUGUUUCCACGAUGGCGUUCAAAUCCUUUAUUUCGUGGGAGUUAUUCAAACUGGCCAAUUGGUGAGUUGGAUGAACAUCAUGCUAAUAUGAAGGCUUCUUUAAAGAAUCGUGUUUGGUUUGCUGGAGAAGCCAUGUCUGCGCAUUAUUUUGGUUUCUUACAAGGUGCAUGGUUCAGUGGCGCCGAAACAGGCGCCAAUGUAGCUCAAUGUAUCUUGAAGGAAUGUCCUCCUUCCAUUUAUUAUCCUAUCAUUACGAAUGCUAAGCUUAGUUCAAGUAUUGUUCGUAGGUCGUUUUUAGGGAAUUUUAAUAAUUAACUAAUACACAUAAAAUAACAAUAGCAGAUUUUUUUUUUUUACACUAUCAAACUAAUUAAUAAACAUUUUUAUUUUAAUCG